ACAGUAUCGCAACGCAGCAACUAAAAGUGUGCUCUUUGAGGAUGCCAGUCGGUUUCGUUUCAUCAUAUAAUUUCGAGAAGUGUCACGUGGUCCUCUGGUCGCUCAUGUGACCCUGCUUUACGAACCAAUAGGGUGGCACCGUUUGUCGUGGGCAGAGCGAAGAGGAGAAAAAAAAAAUAUUUUCCCUUUGCAAUUUUUGAUCUUGCAACGCCAAAAGUGGACGUCAUCUACUGUAUCCUGUGCUACAUAAAGGUGACCGGUUGGCUGACUCCCACCAUCACACUCGCGUUGACCCUUGAACUCCUCUCUCACGUGACCACGCCCCUUCCUUCACAUCCAAUCCCAACAUGGAGCCCAUUAAGGUCCAAUCAGAAGGUGGACUGAAUGUGACCCUCACCAUCAGGCUGCUGAUGCACGGCAAGGAGGUUGGAAGCAUCAUAGGAAAGAAAGGAGAAACGGUGAAGAAAAUGCGAGAAGACAGUGGUGCCCGUAUCAACAUCUCAGAGGGGAAUUGCCCUGAACGGAUAGUCACAAUCACCGGGCCAACAGAUGCUAUUUUCAAGGCCUUUGCCAUGAUAGCCUACAAAUUCGAGGAGGAUAUAAUCAACUCUAUGAGCAACAGUCCAGCCACAAGUAAACCCCCUGUAACCCUGAGGCUCGUUGUCCCGGCCAGCCAGUGUGGCUCCCUCAUUGGCAAGGGAGGAUCCAAAAUCAAAGAAAUGAGAGAGUCCACAGGUGCUCAGGUCCAGGUUGCGGGUGACAUGCUCCCCAACUCCACCGAGAGAGCAGUGACGAUCUCAGGGGCCCCCGAAGCCAUCAUCCAGUGUGUCAAACAGAUAUGUGUGGUGAUGCUUGAGUCCCCACCGAAAGGUGCCACCAUCCCCUACCGCCCCAAGCCUGCCUCCACCCCUGUCAUUUUUUCAGGUGGCCAGGUAAGAGCAGACCCACUGGGGGCGUCAACAGCCAACCUCAGCCUCUUACUGCAGCACCAGCCACUGCCUGCCUAUACCAUUCAAGGACAGUACGCCAUCCCACAUCCAGACCAGUUGAGCAAGCUCCACCAGUUGGCUAUGCAGCAAACCCCCUUUACCCCCCUCGGACAGACCACCCCUGCCUUCCCCGCAGCAGGUCUGGAUGCCAGUAACCAGGCCAGUACUCAUGAACUCACCAUUCCCAAUGAUCUAAUAGGCUGCAUAAUCGGACGCCAGGGAACCAAAAUCAACGAGAUCCGUCAGAUGUCUGGGGCGCAGAUCAAAAUUGCUAACGCUAUGGAAGGGUCAUCGGAGCGCCAGAUCACCAUCACAGGGACCCCCGCCAACAUCAGCCUGGCCCAGUACCUCAUCAAUGCAAGGUUCAGAGACGUGGCGGCCAUGUGGAAUGACCCAUCUUCCAUGACCACAUCCUGAGAUCCCUGACUGGCUCCUCCGUUUGGCCCUUUCCAAUGACUGACUACCGCAGACAACCCUGAUGAAGCCCUUCGGACUCUGGCUCUGGCUCUCCGAAAACCCUGACCGCCUUCCUGCCCUGGUUCAAAGUUGUUUAUACGUCAGGGAUGGUUGGGCGCUCAUUUUUAUUUCAGAGAGCCAAAUUAAGAUAACAAAAAAAAGGAAUUACAAAAAAUAAAUUCUCUGUUGAUUAGGUUUUUUAGAGAACUGUUGAAGCAUGUUGAAUGUUUAUUAGGAACAACUUGUGUUAAUAUUUCUUCUUUUUCUCUCUAUUGCUUUCUCUCUGUCAGUGCUGCGUCAUAGAACAUCAUAUAAAAGUAUAAAAAAGUACUUGUAAAAGGUCGAGAAUUUUUGUAGAACAUAGUUAUUUGCAUAUUACAGCUGCGCAGUGAUGCUAUCGGCAGAGUGUGUGGUGGGAUGUAGCCAAAUUAUCAAAUUUUGAUAAUAUAUAUUUUGAAAAGAAAAAAAAAUUGGACCGUUCUGCUUUUGUCCUAAUUUGCAUCUUUGUCCACUUACAAAUCCAAUCUCUACCCAUGACUCUCUGCUGCAUCACAUGACCCUUUUAAGCCAAUGGUAUCACUCCUAGAGCCUCCCUUCUCGUGUUAACUUCCAAUAUUUACAUUAUUGCUUAUAUUGCAUGUGUUCAAUGUCGUAUCGUUGUGCAUUUGAGUAAAACCUGUUCAGUGUGUUCAACGUUAUUAUAUCUUCGUGCUCCCGUUCUUUUCCACAAACUUUUUCAGCAUUUUUGGCCAUUCACGUCUAGUCCUAAUCCCCGCCCAAAUGAAAAACUUUCCGACAUAGCCUCCUUCCAUCAACACCGAUUAUUAGUAUAAAGAUGCAUGAAUGGGAAUUAGUGAAUAACAGUGGCUAAAACACUAACUGAAAAUUGAAAUGAUUGUUUACUAAGUUAUUAUUAUACUGUAUUUGUUUUGUACAAGGAGUAUUGUGAUUUAGCACAAUAGUCGACUACGCGGCGCUCAUGCAAUAGACUAUUCAACACUUUACUCUGGACUGCCUCUGAAAUGGGAGGAAUUAGUUGGACUUGAAAGCCAAGUGUUGCGUCCAAACCUUUCGGCUUCCUUCCCUCGUCUCAGAGACGUUUUUGGGUGCUCGUGAAAGCUUUUAGAGUGAGCAAAAAAAUGAGGAAAAGAAGCCGAGUCUUCGCGGCAAAGAGGCCUAAACGUUUGGACAAUGCCGAAUGGUAUUUUUUGGGCCAAGGAAUGUUCAGGGGUUCAUGGGGGGGGACCCAUGGGGCCUGGGCGGACGUGACCACUCAGUCUCUUUUUCAAGAUUGUUCAUCUUGUCUUUUUGUUGUCAUACGGUUGAUUUGACGCUUUGGGUUUGAAUGUCUUUUUAUUGUCACGACUAUGUCAGCAACUUAAUUGUUUUCAUUAGGAAAAAAAAAAGGACAGGUUGGAUGACAAUUUCUGCGUCACUGGUUUUCAGUAGAGCCAGCAUGUAUGUAUGUAUUUAUGGUGUGGUGAUGCACAUAUGACUUUUUCUUUGUUGACCAUGAAACUUAAGCUAAGUUAGUUUUGUCGUAUUGUAUUUAAUUUGAGAGGGAGGUGUGGAGGAUAUUUGGUAUAAUUCAGUAUUUCAACCAUCCCUCGCGUGUUCUACUAAGAGGAUGCUAAAUACUAUUGGACAGUUUGAGUCUUCUCAUUUCCGAUCAGCUCAGCUCAGUUAAGUUUUGACAUAAUACAAACAGCUGUUGAAUGUUAUUGUCAAAUCACAUUAUAUACUGUCCAACUCUGCAACAUUCUGCAUUUUCUGCAGCGUCUCAAUUUCUUCAUACAUACAUACCACUACUUUUGUUUAAUUUCCAGUAGCCUAUGCUGUGUGUAUGAGUGUAUUCUUAAAGGAAAAAGUUUGACAUUUUGGUAAAUAUGCUUAUUUGCUUUCUUGUCAAGAAGAUCAGUAAGUGAUACCACUUUCAUAUUUGUAUGCUAAAUAUGACGCGACCACCAGCAGCUGGUUAGCUUAUAGCUUAGCAUAAAGACUGGAAACUGCAGGAAACCGCUACCUGGCUCUCAGUUUACCAGCACCUGAAGCUUACUCAUUAACAUGUUUGUUUGUUUAAUGACAAGAGGCAGGCUAGCAGUUUCCCCUUGUUUUCAGUCUUUAUGCUAAGCUAAGUUAAGCUAACAGUCCCCUGGCUGUAGCUUUAUAUUUAACGGGGAGCUGACUCUUGGUAAGAAAGCAAAUUAAACUGAGUGCUCAAAAACCCUAACCUAAUAAACCAGGCCUAUAUUUAUUUGGUCCGGACCAGUUGCCAAGAAACCAGCAGAGACUCUACUAAGUUAGUGGUCUCGGCCAGGAAAUCAUUUGGCACAUAACAGCACGUCAAUUGUUAAUUAGUGAGCUUUAGAAGUUUUAAUAGGCAUAUUUUGUUACCUAACAGAGCCACGAUUUCCAGUCAUUUGUGCUAAGCUGAGUUAGCCGGCCACUAGCAGUAGCUUCACAUUUAGCAGUCUAGAGAUGAGAGUGGUAAGAGUGGUAUCAAUCUACUAGUUUUACUAUCUGCAAGUCUUAUUUGCCAAUACGUCAAAUUUGUCCUGUAACUUUGGCUCUUAAGCGCUUUCAUGACAUUAAUUUCAUUAUGUAAAUGGACUAAUGCUGUAUCACUACUAUACUGAACCAUGCAUAGUCAAUGAUUACUCUGCAAUAAUUCUUACAUUUUGAUGUGAACUCAAGUAGUAGUGCUAGCAUUGAAAUUACGAAUUUGUGUUUAUAUUUUAUUUUGAGUUGUCAUAGCUUGUACUUCAAUGGGAAUGUUUGUCAAAUGAUUAAAAUGAAAUUAUGUUUUUUGGGCAAACUUGCUUUUUUAGAACAGUUGGCUAAUACCUAAGAGGGCAUUCUUUCCCAACAGUACUGUACCAGUAAAGAACAUCCUCAAGGGUAUUAUGGCUUUUAUAGAACUGUUAACCUGUGCAUGUGUACACAUGUGUGAGCAUUUUACGUAGAAAAAAAGGAUUGCUAAUGCUUAUUAGCACAGUUGGUGCGUGCAUUUGACAAAGAUCUUAUAUAAUAUUAAUUUGAUCGCUAUGGCAGUGUGAUUUCAAUAAUAUUCAUGUGUUACUCAGUGUUUGAAAACUGUAUUUACAUUUGUGUAUAUGCCUGAGUAUACUGCGACUUUGAAACAAACUGCAACUAAUGCAAUAAUAGGGUGCAAUGUGCAAUUAUUUAUUCAGUUAUUAUAAACAUAGAAACAGGAGAGCUGUGUAGCUUGUUUAAAAACGCUUUUUUUCACUUUCCAUGUGGCAGCAGGAAAAAAAGAAUGACUAGACAGGUUUUCUUUUGUUUUUCAGCUUUUGUUUGUGUGUAUUGCAGUUUGGGGAAAAAAGUGAUAGAACUUGGUAACUAUUUUCGAUUGAUUUAUUUGCUAUGUGCAGAUCUAUAUUAGUUGUGAGUAAAUACAUAGGUUUUAAUUUCAAAGUGUUGGUAAGUUUAAAAACAAAUAAAGUUUCAUUUUUUCCU